AUGGCCGAAAGAGUGGAGCAGCUGGAAGAAAUGAGGAAAGCUAGAAGAAAAGGGCGUUUGAGCCGAGGCGGUGGUGAUGAUUCGUCGUCAUCGUCGUAUGAAUCAAGCUCUGAGAGCGAAGAGAAGAAAGAUGCAGCAGCAGAGAAAGAAGAAGAGAAGAAUGCUGCAGAGAAGGGUAAAGGAGAAGAAGAGUUUGAAGAGAUAGAAGUAGAAACAGAGGAGAAAGAUGCAGCAGCAAAGGAAGAAGAAGAGAAGAAUGCUGCAGAGAAGGGUAAAGAAGAAGAAGAGCGCAGAGUUUUCGACCCAGAUACAGAAGACCUGUGGAGCCUUAUGAGUGCCUAUGAUGAAUGGUUAGAGGUGGACUUCAGGCUGGAGGAGCUACUUGGAGACCUAAGGGUCAACUUAGAAGACACGCGAGCAAGCCAGCAGAUAUUCGGUGAAGAUAUAAAGCGCGAAAGCAAUGAAGCUGCGGAAAAGAGAGAAGAGAUUCGCAAGCAGCAAGAGAAGCUGGAUGAGGAAAAGGAGAACCUUGCCAAAGCUGAAAGUAUCGUGGAAGAGACGAAGCAAGGCAAAGCGAUACUAGAUGCCACUGAGGCAACGGAAGAGACUGCUGUGGAAAUGCUGGAUAGAAAUCCUGUGCCAAGCAAGACGAUGGAAAAGAUGAAGAAGAAAACAGAAGAUGAAGAAAAGAAGAAAGAAAAAGCAGUGCCGACGCCAAAGAGCGUGCCGGACGUGCUAAAGCGAGGGAAUGAUGCAGGAAGCAAUGAAGCAGCAAAGACCGAGUAA